UUCUGAUUAUUCCUCUCUCCAAGACUACGCCUCAACAUCCGCCGGAGACGGCCCGUGUUUAUAAUAAACUAAUCUGAACAACUAAACAACUAAAAACACCUGCGACAACCCGACCUUUCUUUUCUUGCCCAGCGGUCUGGCCUUCCGCUUGCGUGCUGUGUCUUCAUUUGAGUCUUAUACUCCCCCUCUCCUUCGCGCUCCAAGUCUCCCAGUCCCUCCUCUAGCUUCCCUUUCGUCAUCAUGGCCAACGGCGAACCACCCCUCCUCAAGCUCAAUGGAUCCGUAGAGCCCACAACAAUGGACAAGACGCCCGCACCUUCGCUCCCUAAUACAAAUACCUCCAGCGCGCAGAAUUCUGCCCUGGACCAGGCCUCACGACCGCAUGCUGUUCGGACAGAGACCAAUCUCUCCAAGUUCUCCACUAUGUCGGUCCCUCCCGAGGGUUCCAUCCUAACCGGCAAGCAAGAGCAUUACCUCAAGCGCGAGCUCAUAUCCCACCAAACCAAGUUCGAGAUCGCAGAGCUCUCCUCUCCAACUGCUCUGCAGCGCUUCGGCGCUCCAUUCCGCUCCGAUGCGGGCGAGGUCGCUCCCGAGGACUCAGAGCUCCCUAUCCUUCGCUACAUAUUCGUAAAUCAUGUUCGCAAUUUUCCGUUCCUAGACAAAGCAAAAGAGAAGGAGUUUUGGCAAGAUAAGCUUCAGACUUUCCUGGAAUCCUUCGCAAAUAAACACAUAUCAUCUUCAGACGACCGCUUAGAAGAGACUAAGAGGAGAAAACUGGCGUUGAAGGCCGAGAAGCUGGUGGAACUCAUGAUGGUAUCCGGUAUACCUACCGCUUCUGGCUAUGAAGAACGGAUCCGCUUUGCUGAGAUGGAGAUUGUCGAACGAGGCGCCGAUGAGAAUGGUCUACACAUCAAUACACCCAGCGGGCAUUUCAUUAAUGGAUGGGAUAUCAAUGUUGCUGGUGUACGAACUACGUCGAUCAAGAAACGCUUGAGGUAUCACACACAUGCGGAAUACCUCAUUCGCGUGAAACAAACUGGAAAGGAAGAUACCUACGUCGGUCGCCGUUACACCGAUUUCGUCCAACUGCACAAACGAAUCCGACUGGAGUUACCUGGGAAGGUCCUACCACCUUUACCCCGAAAGAACAAGAAGGACUCGCUUUUGUCGACUAAUAACGACGAUGAUGUCAGUUCGAUCUCGUCCGCAUCGACCCAGGACCCGGCACCAGACCCGUACGAGAGCAGCGGUGGAGGUGGUCUGCGAAGCUACAUCUUCAGUAGCCACAAGCGAAACAGCUCCACCACGUCCGUAGGCGGCAAACCUCGGUCUCCUCGCGCAUCGAGUGAUAAUAUCGCCUUCCGCGAGCCACGAAUGUUGUACCGCGAGGAACAGCGUGUAUCCCUCAGAGCAUUCCUCCGAACUUUCCUACAGAACGAGACCAUCGCACAUUCGAAUGCGAUGUCAGAAUUCCUGACAAAGAACCCGGUCGAACUCAAUGAGGAGGAGAUGGAAGAUAUCGAGCGAAGGAAAGAGAUGGAUGAGAAGCGCAUGGAGGAGCAAAAGCAGUUCUAUGAAGUGGCGAGGCAACGCGCCGCCGAACUCGAUAUCCACAUGGAAAAGUUCAGGAGGGAGAUUGUCGAGGCCAACGGUCUUUCGCACCUUUUCCAGGAGAUCAGGGCAAAGAACACAAUCGCAGAACUGAAACCGGAAUAUCAGAAGUUCGCCGAGUGGCUUCGAAUAGAGGUCGCUGCCACUCUGUACCAUCUGUUCCUCGCAGAGGACAAUUCCCCUGAACUUUUCGCCCAAGCAAAGCGCAUCCAUUCGCUCGUACCUUAUGGUGUCCUCAAGAACGUUAUCAGAAUCGCAAACCCUGCAGCGGUCAUGAGCGGAGUCUUGGAUUUAUUCCUUGCACAGCCCUUUGGCGCGCGCUCGCUAUUACAGCGUAUGUUCGGCAUGGCCAUCAAUGACGGCGUUCGUUCCGUCCAACGAUCAAUCGACACACUGGGUUCCACAAAGAUCAAGGACGAUGUACUUUGCGCGAAACUGAAGGCCUUUGUAGAGGCCGACGAGGAUGUUAAGGAGAUAAUUCGCCAGGACGCCGCAGCGGAAAACGUUGAUGUUGUAGUUACCAUUCUCCGCUCCGAGUACUUCGAGCCUGAACUCAGCUCCGAGCAAGUCGGAAAGGUGUUCAACGCAUACGUCGCCUGGAACAACGCGGUCGAAAAUGUGAGCCGCAGUCGUUUGAGCAGGAAAUCCAGCAGUUAUAGCAGCAAAAGCCUAGAGACUAACCACUCCAUUCAGAUCGAUGCGGAGCUGCGACAGGGUGCAGAAUUGUUCGCUCACUUGAAGCAAUACCUCAAGCUUUGUAUGAGGCAGAGAGAUAAGCUCAUGAUGCUUCAGAUCAUCGAAGAGCCCACUACAUUACAACUCUUCCGAGACUUAUUCACCAUUUUCUACGAACCCCUCGUCAGAGUAUACAAAUCUGCGAACGUGUACGGCAGUAUCACGGAUUUUGCCAUGUUUGUCGAUGACACCAUUCGCGUGAUCGAAGCUUGCCAACGGCAAGACAUUUCCUCGGACCCCAACCAAACCGUACAAGCGUUCAUCGAUCUCUGCGCCCGGCACGAGGACAACUUCUACAAGUUCGUGCACGAGGUCCACAUCCACGACAACGGACUGUUCGACCAACUCAUGGGCUGGCUAGAGGGUAUCCUCGAAUUCCUUCGCCACGGACCCAGCAGUGGCGGCAAGCUCGACAUGAAUGCUCUGUUCCAGGGUGGUAUGGACUCGAACACGAUCAACAAGGCCAAGGCGAUCCGGGAGAUCAACUCUCUCAUCAAGUGGCAACACGCGCGCAAGAAGUGGCAUCAGGAUAAGACCAGGCAGAAGAUGGCCAGCAGUGGGGGAGACGAACAAGCCGACAUGAUUGGUGCCAUGGGAGGAGGCUUCAAGACGUCUGAUUUCGGCCUUAACGAGCUCGACCUCCAAGACCUAGAACUCGACGACGACUACGAUUACGAUGAGUCCGAGAGCGACGAGGACGACGAGGAGAUCGCAGACCCCAUCCAAGCCGAGCGAAAGCGCAGGGCCCGGGCCCAGGAGAAGCUGCGCCGGACCGCGGGCGAGCCGAGGAAACCGCCCAUCGAGGAGAUCACGAAGCUGCACCCGGGCUUCGUGAGCAUGUUGAGGAGUGUUCUGGCUCAGUAAGAAAAGAAGGCUUGAAGUAUCUUGAACAGGUACAGGAGGUAUGAUGGUGACGAAGACGGGAGAUUGUGGUGGGGAGGAAAAGGAACGAACGGAUUGAUUGAUGGGAGGAGGACGGAUGGGGGGGCUUUAAUAUACGUCGUAACGAUCCUACUUCAUACACACACACAGAGAGAGAGGGGAGACGCCAGACUCGCCCGCUCACUGCCCAUACAUACCUACUAUAAAACUACCUUCUUCUUCUUCGUCCCCUACUUCUUGUGUAUGUGAAUUACGGGGAUUGAUAGGCUGAAGGUCGCCAUGAUUGAUU